AUGGAGGGAGGCGAGGGUGAUGCGAUGAGUUGGAGAGCGCGGAUCGAGGCUUUCGCCGCAAAGGAGGGCGGCGACGGCGGCGACGACGCGAAGCUCACGCUGACCCAAUCUCUGAGCUCCGCGGAGAGGGCGGCGGUGCACGAGCUCGCCAGGCGACUGGGCCUGGGUUCGAAAUCCGAGGGCUCCGACGAUGAUGGGACGCGCGUGGUGACCGUGUUCCGUCGCGCCCCCGGAUCGACGGGCGCGGCGAAGCGAGGCGGAAGAGCAGGCGGGAGGGGCGCGCGCAGAGCUAACGGUAGUUCGCCUUCUUCAACCGCCGCCGUCGAUCCCUCCGCGGACGAGGACUACGGGGACGACGAGGACGACGGCGUGAGCGCGUUCGACGACAGCCUCGCCGACCUUCGCGACGCCCCGUUCGACCUUUACCGGGCUCUCAAGAUCCCUCGCGCCGAGAACGGCAGGGGCUACUCGGGAGGCACGGCGCGCGCUCGCGCAUCCUACCACCGCGAGGCUGUGCGAUGCCACCCGGAUACCGUGCCCAAGGGAUGCGGCGCGUGCCACGGAUGCGGCGGCGUCCUCAAACCCGGUCGGUGGUGGCACAGACCCCAGGCGAUCCCGGCGAACGCGCCGAAGGGCGACGGCGAGUUCGGGCUUCUCGACGAGGGCGAGGACGACGACUUUGCCAUCGCCUCCGUCCCGACGGCGCGAGAAAAAGACGCCGGUGACUCACCGCCUCGGAGCCCCGCGUCCACCUUGGGACCCGCGUCCACCUUGGGACCCGCGUCGCAGCACAGGCUCGACAUGUGCCCGCCGUGUUACGCGUCGCACAGGGCGUCGCACGUCUCGCGAAAGGUAACCUUCGGCGACGACGGCGACGCGGCUCGCGUGGAGAACCGCGGCGACUGUUUCGUGAAAAUCGAGACGCUCGGGGACUUGGGGGCGGAGCGGGCCAGGUACGACGCCGCCGCGUACGGCGCGCUCAGGCGACGAAGGCGGACGCUCGCGGCGAGGGCCGCGGCGGAUAACGCGCGGGCUCUCGCCGCGGUGUCCGGACGCGCGGUAGACGGAAACGGAAGGGGAGACAAAGACGGAGACAAAGAUGGAAACGAUCCGGAUGACGAUCCAGACGAUGAUCCGGACGCGCCGCCGGACGAGGCCGGCGUCCACGACCCCGCCGACGCCGCCGCGCACGCCGACUACCGAUACCGAGGGGACGAAGACUGCCUCGACGACGAUCCCGACGACGACGUGGACGAUCCGAGGAACCUCUCCGGCGUCACCCGGUUCGCGGCUGCGUGCGCUAAGUUUCAGAGGGUCACGGUGGCGUACCUCGCGCUGAGGGAUCCGGCUCGGUGCCGCGUGUACGACGAGCACGGGUACGGCGCGCUGGUUAAGGCUGAGGCGUACGCGGAGGAUGACGUGUUCGAUGCCGACCCGUGGGACGUUUACGACCGUUUCUUCGCCGGGGUGGACGAGGAGGACCGGCAGUACCUCCUGCUUCACGGCGGAGGCGGCGACGACGAUUCGGACGGCGCGAGCUCCGAUUCCGAUAACGGCUCGGGCGAAUCGGACGACGACGACGACGACGCGAUGAUGGAGGAGGCGUUGGUGCAGGCGCGGCACGAGAGAUUCGAGACGUUCGAUGAAGGGGGCGGUCGAUUGGCGAACGUCGCAGAUGCGCCGCCGCCGAGGCCACCGGUGUCAGUGCUGAUGGCCAUGGGAGAUAAGGCGGCGGGGGCUCGCUCGUCCGCGGGCGAUGACGACGCGCUUCCCGGUUUGGAGGGCGGAGAUAUUUGGGCUGCGUUGGCCAAGAGGUACGAGGCUGAUCCCGUGGGCGAGAAGCGUAAACGGGACAACGAGGAAGAGGAACAAGGGGAUGCAGAAUAG